AUGUCAAAAGUUAAGAAGGACACUCCCACUGCAGUGUCUCCCACUAUCCAUUCAGAGACUGAAGGUCAUUUCAUCACUGAAAAGGGUCCUGUAAGACAAUACGUCUCUUUUGAAACCCCAGAUGACGUCUCAACUUUAAGAACCUCCACUACUUGGAGGGAAUGGUUCCUAAUCAUCUGCUUAACUUUAUUCACUGUCUCCAUAAGAUGCCAAAAUUUGGAAUGGCCAAACUCUGUUGUAUUCGAUGAAGUACAUUUCGGUGGGUUUGCUGCCAAAUAUAUUAAAAGAGAAUUCUUCUUCGAUGUCCAUCCUCCUUUGGCUAAGAUGUUAUUCGCUUUAGUCGGUGCUCUAGCUGGCUUCAAAGGUGAUUUCAAAUUCGAAAACAUUGGUAUCGACUUCCCUGACACAACACCUUACUAUAUAAUGAGAUUAUUCGCCGCUUCUUCAGGUACUUUGACUGUUUUGCUAAUGUAUUUCACUUUACGUGCUUCAGGUGUCAGAAUUUGGAUAGCAAUCCUAUCUUCUCUAUGUUUUGCUGUAGAGAAUUCCUUCGUCACCAUUUCUCGUUACAUCUUAUUAGAUGCCCCAUUAAUCUUCUUCAUUGCUUUGACUACUUUUGCAUUCAAGAGAUACGAAUUAUACAAGACUAAUUCAAAGAAGAGCUUGGCUUACUUAUUGUUAACUGGUGUUUCAUUAGGUUUGGCUGCCUCUUCCAAAUGGGUAGGUCUAUUCACUGUCGCUUGGGUCGGCGUCGUUUGUAUCUUUAGAUUAUGGUUCAUGAUUGGUGAUUUGAAACAAAAGUCCUGUACUAUCGUCAAGACCGCUGCAUUCAAAUUCACUUUCUUAUUGAUCGUACCAACUAUCUUAUAUGUCAUCUUCUUCGCCAUCCAUUUGGACAGAUUAGAUCAUUUCACCGAAGGUGCUGGUAUGAUGUCUUCUGAAUUCCAAGCUUCUUUAAUCGGUAAUAGAGUCCCUGAAAAUAUUACUGCUGAAGUCGGUGUAGGAUCUUUGGUUAGUUUCCGUCAUUUAGGUACCCAAGGUGGCUACUUGCACUCUCACGACCAUCCAUACCCUACUGGUUCACAACAACAACAAGUUAGUUUGUACGGUCAUGCUGAUGCUAACAACUUGUGGUUAAUCGAAUUAUAUGAUGAACCAAACACUAUUGUCACUUCUUUCAAAAACUUAACUGAUAAUACUAAAAUCAGAAUCAAACACUACAACUCUAGACGUAGAUUACAUUCUCACGAUCACAAGGCUCCUGUUUCUGAGUUUAGUGAUUGGCAAAAAGAAGUCUCCUGUUAUGGUGAUGACAGUUUCGAAGGUGAUCCAAACGAUGACUGGAUUAUUGAAAUUGACAAGAAAGCUUCAGCUCCUGGUGAAGCCCAAGAACAUGUAAGAGCUAUUGAAACUAAGUUUAGAUUAAGACACGCUAUGACCGGUUGUUUAUUGUUCUCACACCCUGUUCGUUAUCCAGAAUGGGGUUAUGAACAACAAGAAGUCACAUGUGCGGCAUCUGGUGUAGAUCAUUUAACACUUUGGUCCAUUGAAUCCAACGAAAACCCAACUUUACCAGAUGACGCUGAACUAGUAUCUUACGUUCCUGCCACUUUCUGGAAAAAAUUUGUCGAAAUGCACAAACAAAUGUGGGAUGUCAACAAAGAUUUAACUGCUCCACAUCCAUUCGAAUCUUUCCCAGAUCAAUGGCCAUUCUUAAGUCGUGGUUUAGGUUACUGGCACGGUCACCAUAGACAAGUAUACAUGUUAGGUAAUGCUAUCUUAUGGUGGGCUGUUUCUUUAUUCAUUGCCAUUUUUGCAUUGACUUGUAUCAUCGAAUUAGCUUCUUGGCAAUUAGGUGGUCCAGUUCCAACUGAUCCAAGUGUUGUUAAUUUCCAUGUUCAAGUAAUCUAUUACUUAUUCGGUUUCUUAGCUCAUUAUAUUCCAUCAUUUUUAAUGGUUCGUCAAAUGUUUUUACAUCAUUACUUACCUGCUUAUUAUUUCGGUAUUUUGGCUUUUGCUCACGCUUUGGAUAUUGUCGUAUCCUACAUUUUCAAAAACAAAAGAAAUGUUGGUUAUAUAAUUGUUGUCGCUUUUUUUGCCACAUGUUAUCAAUUCUACAAGUCUCACAGUCCAAUUAUCUAUGGUACUGAAUGGACUGUUGAUUUAUGUAAAAAAUCUCAAUGGUUAGAUGGCUGGGAUUAUCCAUGUCCAGCCUACUUAGAAGAUUAUGCUUCAUAUGAAAACUAUACCAUCACUCCAAACACUUUGGGUAAUAUUCCAAUGGAAGGACAACAACAACAACUUGACGGCCAACCUGGUGGACCAUAUGGUCAAUAUCCUCAAGAUGUUCAACCAGUUAAUGAAAACUUUGAUGAUAUUAUGAACAAUGGCAUGGAGAAAAAAUUUGUUGAUCAAAAUGGUAACGUAUUGAGCCCAGAAGAAGUCAAAAGAUUGAUGCAACAAGAAGGUGCUAGUAUCAUUGGUUCCCAACAGGUUCAAAAGGGUAGAGGUCAUACUGGAGAUUACAAUGCUAAUCAACAAGGUUAUAACCAAGCUUACCAAAACUACGAAAGAGACCAAGGCGCACCACCACCACAGCAACAACAACAAUAUGCUCAAGGCCAACAACAGCAACAACAAUAUGCCCAAGGUCAAUAUUCUCAAGGCAUGGAACCAGUUAGUGAUGAUUUCGAAGCUAUCAUGAAUAAUGGUUUGCAAAAACAAUUUGUUGAUCAAAAUGGUAAUACUUUGAGCCCAGAGGAAGUCAGAAGAUUGAUGCAACAAGAAGGUGCUAGUAUCAUUGGUUCCAAACAAGUUCAAAAGGCCAAAGGUCAAACUGGAGAUUACAACGCUAAUCAACAGGGUUAUAACCAAGCUUACCAAAACUACCAAAGAGACCAAGGCGCACCACCACCACAGCAACAACAACAAUAUGCUCAAGGCCAACACCAGCAACAACAACAACAACAACAGUAUGCCCAACCUCAAUAUGGUCAAGAUGUUAAACCAGUUAGUGAGAAUUUUGAAGAUAUUAUGAACAACGGUAUGGACAAACAAUUUGUUGAUCAAAAUGGUAAUGUAUUGAGCCCAGAAGAAGUCAGAAGAUUGAUGCAACAAGAAGGUGCUAGUAUCAUUGGUUCUAAACAGGUUACCAAGGGUAGAGGCCAGACUGGUGGUGGUUUUGCUACAAACAACGGUGUUAACCAAGAAUUAAAGAAUUAUAAACAGCAAUACCAACAACAGCAGCAACAAGGUCAACCACCACAACAAGGUCAACCACAGCAACAAGGUCAACCACCACAACAAGGUCAACCACCACAACAAGGUCAACCACAGCAACAAGGUCAACCACAGCAACAAGGUCAACCACCACAACAAGGUCAACAGCAAUAUUAUACCACCGAAGUUGUCGAACACGGUGUCGGUGAGGUUGUUGACAGACCUCCAAUGGAUGAGAAGGAAAAGAAGUUGGCUAAACAAAGAGUUAGAGAACUAGAUCAAAUUCUAAAACAAGGUGGUCCAAUGAAUUUCCUAGAUCAACAUGGUAAUGUUAUAGAUCCAGAAGAAGUAAGAAGAAUUAUGAUGGAAGAUGGUGGUAGUAUCGCAAGUAUGGAAAGGGUGUUAACAACUGGUCCAACAGCUGGCUGGAACCCAAGAAGUGAUCCUGCCAUUGAUGAAAGACUAAAGGAAUUCGAUGAUUUGCUAGAUGAAGAUGCUGAAAAUAAGAGCUUUGUCGAUGACCAAGGUAAUCCUUUGAGACCAGCAGAAGUUAGAAGAUUAAUGAAACAAAAUGGUGCUCGUAUUACCAGAGUUGAAAGAACCACAUAUGCUUAA